AUGUCGCCUGUCGCGCAUUCCAUAGAACAAAGCAGACUGGAAAUUGUACUACUGGCUGCCGGCGUUCUUGUGCUCGUUCUUUUCUUCGGCAUCUUCAUCCUCGUCUGCGUCAGCUUAACACACUCGAACGCACCUCUUUCACGGCACAGAGCUACGUCAUGGGGAGGAUACUGGAAUGAGCGGUGGGAUGCUGGCCCGUCAGCACCGGGCCAAGAUGAAGGUGUAUUUCAUAGUGUUCGUCGACGAAGCGUGUCAAUUGCUGAAGAAGUCAGAAAGAAGCUGACAAGUUUGAAGCAAUUGCUGACAUUAGAUAUGCCCGAUUAUGACGAUGUCCCAAGGCAACGGUAUAUCGAAAGCACAGACUUCACGCCAUACAACAUUACGACCCUGAAUGACGGGACAGAUCAUGGCUUGUCCACGCUCCUAUUAGAUGAUAACUCCAACUGGCAUGACCUGCUGGAGUCGCCGGCCUCGAGCACCGGGAGAGAUCGAGAGGGAGGGAUUGUAACAAAGAGACCUGAGAGAGCAAUGGUUCAUGACGAUAGCUGCGAUUUAGAGGCGCAGGAUUCUGAUGACUCUGAACACUGA